GUCGAGGGCAAAUCUAUCAUUGUCGAGAGCGAGUGAAAGCAGUCUGAAGAUCGCGGAGGAUAGUCAAAGUUGGGUGUCAGUCGUCUCAACCGUUUAACGGGGAUUGGACCCUUAAAGGUGCUGUGUCUUUGAAUUUUCAAUCUAGAUGAACUUUGACAGCGGUUUUAUAACUAACGAUAUUUAAUGGGACAAAAGUGGCCAGUUUAGACAGAUUGGUAUUAAAUUUAAAGUGGUUUACACAAUUUAAAGUCGGUUGUCAUUACGAUCCUUCGUGACGUGUUUUCCGGCAACUGAAAGUUUUCCAGAUAGUUUCCAGGACACACUUCAUCACACUCAAAGACAACCGUUUACCCAGCAAAGGACUGAACCUAAUCUUCUGCGACGUCUCUUAGCAAGGUAACCACUCCGCCAUGGACACUGGAAGUAGAAGACCGGACAGGCGCAGAACGUGGUCCGACAGGAUGAGUGACAGAAGCAGCAGGUCCGACACCAGCAAUAGGACCCGUUACUCCAGGCUCAAGACCCGGCUCCGGGCCAUGGUGUACUCGCGAACCUUCGGCGGCCCGAUUGAGGAGAAGGUCGGCUAUGAGAAUACCUACAAGAUGGAACCGGAAGAGGAAGGAAAAUUCUCCACCCGGAAGUGCCAACAGAUCAUAUACGGCAUCCUGGAAUCCUACCUUUCCGGGAAGGACUACAACAGUAAAAGCUUCCCCCAUCUCACGAAGACGCUGGCCGACCUGAUCAAGGAGAGGGUGAAGACCUCCGGAUUGUCCCGAUACAAGAUCGUGUCCUAUGUUACAGUGGUAGAAAAGCGCGAACAAGGUCUCAACCACGCCAGCAGGUGUUUGUGGGAUCCCAGCAAGGACAACUUUGCCUCGGCUAUGUUCGAGACGCCCACCUUCUCUGUUGUAGGGAACGUGUUUGCUACGUAUUAUGAGUGAAAGUCCUGAUGUGUUCAGUUUAACAAUCUUCAGGAAGAUGUUCUGUCUUCAUUCCAUCGCGGUUGAUUCAGGUAAAGACACAUUGCAUUAAUGCCUGUGAUAUUGAGUGUGUCAUAUAACGCAAACACUCCUUAAUAAUGCACUCUGGCGGUGACAAUAUUUACCAGAAGAGAGCGUGUUGGUCGGAUUAUGUAGAAGGUACAAGGUGUUUAAUGUGACCGUUCCCUUACAUCCUUUUCAUCGUGCCCCGAAGCGAUAUUAGCGCCAUUAUUAUUCAUCGCUGACUUUGAAGCUGAACAUUUUAUCUUCUAUGGGGAGAGUUGCUGGAAAAAAUAAUUAGUCCUCAACAGAAAUCGUUCGGCGGACAUGUUGGAUGUUCUGAAAUAUAAUAUUCUGAGAGUCA